AUGGGAAACUUCAAAUCUGAACUAAAUUUAUUGAAACAAGAGAAUGCCAGACUUAUGGCUAAAAUCAAAGAAUUGGAACAAAUCACAAAAGAAAAAGACGAACUUGAGAAUAUCGAGAAGCAAAAUCAAACAGUUACUAAUGAUUUAAAGUCUCCGGAAUAUUCCAUUUUAUUGCCCAGCAAGAAUUGCGAAAAUGCACAGAUUACAGACAAGUCGAAGACUCAGGACUUUGUCUCUUCUUUAUCUCACCAAGAAGCGACUUCAAAACAGAUGGACAAUACAAUUUCUGAUAUAUAUUACUUUAAUAGAACAUGCUUUAGCGAAUCUGAAUUAUUAGAAGAAAAGACAAAAACAUCAUCAUUAUACAAUACAAAAACUAUGACAAAAUAUCAUGAUCAAAAUCAUACCAUUGACAAUUUUGAUACUACCUCCAAAAUGCUUGAAUCUGAUAACCAAAUAAUAAAAGGUUUAAUUCAAGAGAUAACCUCUAAUCAAACACAAAGUAUUGUUCUUUCUGAAAUUAAUACAAAUAAUGAUAAAAUAGAAAUUAGUAAGUCUUGUAUACAGGAUAUGAUUCCAGACUCUGUACAAAGUUUAUCAGACUUAUUUAAUAAAGCAAUUAAAUCAGGUUAG